AUGGCAUCCCCUUUGCAGUUCGCCUACCGGACCCAGAAGACCAUUGGUGUCUUUGACGCCGCUCCGGUCUACGAGCCCCUUUCUGGGUUCACCAAGCCCGAGGGAAACCUGCGGUGCUGUGCCUACUCGCCUUGUGGCCGCUUCUUUGGCUGGGCCACUCCCGAGGCCCUCCACGUGGUCAACACCACCAGCGGCCAGGUCAUCCUCAACCUGCCCAUUGUCAACGUCUACGAGCUCGGCUUCUCGCCCCUGGGCACCUUUGUCAUCACCUGGGAGCGGCCCGCCAAGGACGAGGCCGGAGACGCGACCAAGAACCUCAAGGUCUGGCGCACCGUGGAGGAGGGCGUCGACGCUGCCGCCAAGGUGCCCGUAGGCCAGUUCGUCCAGAAGCAGCAGGGCGGCUGGAACCUGCAGUACACCGCCGACGAAGCCUACUGCGCCCGUCUCGUCACCAACGAAGUGCAGUUCUUCCAGAGCCAUGACCUCGUCACGGUGUGGAACAAGCUGCGCGUCGAAGGCGCUACCAACUUUGCCUUAGCCCCGGGCCAGGAACACGCAGUGGCUGUCUUUAUCCCUGAGCGCAAGGGAGCACCGGCCGCCGUCAAAGUCUUCAAAGUGCCCGCAUUCCAGAGCCCCAUCUCGCAAAAGACCUUUUUCAAGGGAGACAAAGUGCAGCUGAAGUGGAACAAGCGGGGAUCCAGCCUCCUGGUCCUGGCUCAGACCGACGUGGACCGAUCCGGCAAGAGUUACUACGGAGAGACGACUCUAUAUCUGCUGAGCACCAACGGCACUCUGGAUGCUCGCGUGACCCUGGACAAGGAGGGCCCGAUUCACGACGUCUCGUGGUCGCCUUCGUCGCGACAGUUUGGCGUGGUAUAUGGUUACAUGCCAGCCAAGACGACUAUUUUCAACGACCGCGGCGUUGCCGUGCACUCAUUCCCCCUCGGACCCCGCAACACCAUCAACUUCUCGCCCACCGGCCGCUUCGUCCUCGUUGCCGGCUUCGGCAAUCUUGCCGGCCAGAUUGACGUGUACGACCUCGAAAAGGACAACCGAAAGGUCUGCACCAUCGAGAGCGGCAACCCGAGCGUGUGCGAAUGGAGCCCCGAUAGCCGUUACAUCAUGACGGCCACGACCUCUCCGCGACUGCGAGUCGACAACGGCGUCAAGCUGUGGCACGUCACGGGUGGACUCAUGUACAACGAAGAUAUGGUCGAGCUGUACAGCGUUCUGUGGCGACCCGCUGAUGAAGCCAGCAUCGAGGGUGGAGACCCCCUCAGCUCUAUCCCGGCCGCUCACGCGUCCGCGGCGACCUUCCUCAGCAAUGUCAAGGCUCCCAGCAAGCCUGCUGGAGCUUACCGACCCCCCGGUGCUCGUGGACUGGCCACGCCGCUUCACUUCAAGCGCGAGGACGAGGGCGGAGCCGCUCACGUCGUCAGCAACGGCACCCAGAACGUGAGCGCCAAUGGAUUCGGCCGGGCUCGACGUGCCGUCCCUGGCGCUGAGCUGGCCGAGGGCAACGUCCCGACUGUACGGACCGUGCCCGGAGCGGAGCCUGUUAAUGACGAUGGCUCUGCCAAGAAGAACAAGAAGAAGCGCAGCAAGAAGAACAACCAGCCCGAUGGCAAGCUGGAGCCCGAACCUAACGGAGGGGCCAGCCUUGCCCCGCCACCGCAGGAGUACGGAGGCCACGAAGGUCGCAGCCCCGAGAGGCGCGGCCCGGCUGGUGGCAACCAGAACGGCCGCGGCUUCAGAAGCCGCUCUCGAAACAACAUGGGAAAUCGCAGUCGAAGCAACACCCAGCAAGGCGCCCGUGGCCAGAACGGAGGCCAAAACGGACAGCAGCAACAGCAGCAACACCACCAGUCCGGCCCUCCUCCCAAUGCCCCCACUGAGCCGGCAUCGCAGAACCCCAACGCCAAGAAGAUCCGCAGUCUUCAGAAGAAGGUUAGAGCCAUUGAAGACCUGGAGAUGCGACAUGCCGGUGGUGAGAAACUGGAGGAUACCCAGCUUAAGAAGAUUCACACUAAGGCAUCUGUUCUGAAGGAGCUGGAGUCUCUUGGUGGUGAAUCUUAG